AGGCUCCUUGUGGAAGAUCACUUCUUCACUUUCUUCACCGACUCCCUGUGUCGUUACCAGUCCUCCUCGUCAGUCAUAAUCCUUAUUUCCAAGAUGGCCGCCCUGAAUGUAGGAUUUGGCGGGGGCCACGGGCACAGUCACCAUGGCAACGAAGGUCAUGGACACAGUCACAGCGGUGGUGGCCAAAGUCAUGGGGAAGGAGCUCAUGGCCUCUCUCACGACUUGGGGAGUCGACUAGAUAGACCCUACCCUACCCAGUCUUCAGAGGGUUUUGUUGUUCCCCCUAAUCCAUUUAGUACCCCAAAUGUGCCGACUCCACACCUUGACUAUAGCCAGUUUGAUUUGACCAAAGCUGUACAGUAUGGGAUUGUAAGCAGGGUCCAGGAAUUGGUUGAGAAGGAAGGAGUUAGUCCUGGUAUAGCUGACACUGAGAAUAUAACGCCACUUCACUGGGCAGCUAUUAAUAACAGAAUUGACAUUGCAGAAUAUCUGAUUUUAAAAGGAGCUGAUGUUGAUCACCAAGGUGGCAUACUAAAUGCAAGUCCUCUCCACUGGGCCAUAAGACAGGGCCAUUUAGGCAUGGUUGUCUGCUUGAUGAAGCACAAGGCUGACCCAACAAUUCAGGAUGUUGAAGGUUGUACAGCUCUUCACGCUGCUGCACAGAAUGGACAAACGUCAAUAAUGGCCUACUUAUUAGCAAAGGGAAUGGAUGUUGAUUUACCUGACAAGAAUGGCAUGACGCCAUUAAUGUGGGCUGCGUACAGGUGCUUUAGUGUGGAUGCUGUGCGAAUGCUGGUGACGAUGGGUGCAUCUGUAAAUAAGACAGAUAGUGUGCAUAGCAACACAGCUCUGCACUGGGCUGUCAGCUCUAAUAAUCAUAAUGUGAUCCACCCCAUUGCCAAGGCUGGUGCUUCUAUUGACCUGGUCAAUGCAAAGGGUGAAACGCCAGCAGAUAUUGCGACCGAGAAGAAAAAUAAAUGGGUUUCUCUUCAGUUGGAAUUAUUCAGUAUGGACAAAGGAAAGGGAAAGCCUUUGUUACUACGUCCUUUAACAACCGAUAAGGCUGUCCGUCGGUAUGUGCUGAUCUUCACGCCCAUCAUAGCAAUGUUCCUGAUUGGUGCCAUUUUAGAAUACUCCUCAGUGUGGUGGUCCGCCCUGCUUCUCUUAGGCGCUUUAACGGCAGUAGUAAUGUACAUCAUGAGAUUAUUUAUUCUCAAUAUUGACAAUGAAAGCACAGUUAUAUUUGGUAUCACUAUGGCAACAAAGGCAUUUCUUUACUUCACUUCCUUCGUCUACUUGUGGCAAUAUGUCAACACCCCCAAAACUUUAAUAGUUUUCUUCGUAAAUACCGCUGGACUGAUGUACUGCUUUUACAAGUCGUGGAAGACCGACCCUGGCUACCUCAAGACCACCCCUGCUGAACAGAAAAGGACGAUUAUACAGUUAGCGGAAAGAAAUAUGCUGGACUUUAGCCGCUUUUGCUCAACUUGUCUUAUCCGCCGGCCAAUCAGAUCCAAGCAUUGCUCGGUGUGUGACAGGUGUGUGGCGAGGUUUGAUCAUCACUGUCCUUGGGUGGAAAACUGCGUGGGUGCGGGUAAUCACCAUUUCUUUAUUGGAUACCUGUUUUUCCUGUUUGGCAUGAUCCAGUGGUAUUUGUAUGGAGGCAUUGUAUUUUACAUGAAUGUGUGUGAGGGUUAUACUGGCGGUUGGUGGGACGCCAUGGUACGGAGCGCAUACUGUUCACCAUGGGUUACCUGGGGAUUUGUCAACGCCCUCUUCCAUUUCCUAUGGGUCGGCGCUCUGUUCAUUUGCCAGUCUUAUCAGCUGUUCUGGAUUGGCAUGACGACCAACGAACGUCUAAACGUGGCUCGAUACACGCAUAUGAUGGACAGCACAGGCAACCCGCAAAGUCCUUUCAGCCGAAAUCUAUUUAGCAAUAUUGGAGACUUCUUCGGCUUCUCGUUUUUCGGGCUGUACCGACCGGUGCGCACCGACUGGAAAAGACAAUACGACAUCGAGCUGAACACAUCUCGCAAGGAGCACGUUUAACGUGAAUGGUGAUUGGCUAGAAGUGAUUCACGUGGCAAUUCCGCGAAAGUCUGGGAUCGAAAAGCGUGCCCAUGAAACAAACGCUCGACAGUCACUAGAGGACUUGCGCAUAGAGAUCACGUGACUUAUUCGGUGGCAAAAUCGCGCGCGCUCAGUUUGUUAUCGGCAAAAUAGCAACAACAAAAAGCAACGUAGUUAGCACUUACAAAUAAAGCCCGAAUGUUUUUCCAAGGGGGGUCAUUUUCACUUACUUUGAUCACAUUUUAUUUUUAGUCUUUAUUUGGAGAGACUGGCGCAGUCAAUUAUGGGUUUUUUUGUUUGAAUUUGCCACCCAAAAGGUCACGUGAUCCCUUCGCGCGAGUCCCCUAUUCACAUGUCAAACAUUUGAUUGGCACCUGGGCUCCCCGCGGGUGUGCAUUGCCGUACUUCAAUGUAAAAUAUAAUACAAAGGAUGUAGAGUAUUUUAAUCGUGAACAAAUUGUAUAAGUAUAAGUUCUAGUUUUAAAAGUUCAUCACAGAGCACUGACAUGUCUUGAGAUAAGUCGUACAGUGGGACCCUGUUUAACCCGGCCCUUUGUGGGGGAUAAAACAGAGUUGCGGGUAGUUCGAAUGAUCAGAGCUCUGAAAUAACUUAAAAUUAGUUUCUUGGGAACUCCAAGUCCAUUUCGAGCUAGCGGGGAUCCACUUCAUUUUUUUUUUACAGAUUGUGUUGAUCCAAAGUUGUUCGCGAAAAUGUAUUUGUACAAAGUUUCAGCAGUUUUUUUUAUAAUUAUUAGUAAUGACAUAAACAUGACAUAACGCUU